GGGUGGUAUAAAUGCUGCGUUAGGAAACAUGACUGAGGAUGAUUGGAGGUGGCACAUGUAUGAUACUGUUAAAGGAAGCGACUGGCUAGGUGAUCAGGACGCUAUUCAGUACAUGUGUAGAGAAGCUCCAAAAGUAGUUAUAGAGCUAGAGAACUACGGACUACCAUUCUCUCGUACAGAAGAUGGAAAAAUAUAUCAGCGGGCAUUUGGUGGCCAAAGCCUAAAUUUUGGAAAAGGUGGACAAGCAUAUCAUUGUGCUUGUGCUGCUGAUCGAACUGGACAUGCAUUGUUGCACACUCUCUAUGGCCAGGCCAUGAAGCAUAAUACACAGUUCUUUGUGGAAUAUUUUGCUUUGGAUUUACUAAUGAACAAUGAUGGGAGCUGCCAAGGUGUAAUUGCACUAAAUAUGGAGG